AUGGUCUCUCAUUCUCAUUCUAUCCUAAACUAUCCUGGUGCAGGUGCACAACGCAUCACACCCGAUAAUACCGACACCAUCGGCUCUCUGGCAUGGUCUCGUGCCCAGACGUGUCGAAGACACGUCUGGAGUAGCCUUUUUCAUGCCAUUCCCACUGUGCGCGAGAGCGGCGAUGCACCAUUCCCCGCACGCGAGAGCCUCCCGCGGGGCGCCACGGUGCUCCAGUGGGAGAACGACUCGGCUCUCCUGCGGAGCGUCAAGCUGUCCUCGGUCCUCGCCAGGGAGGAAUAUAAGGACCUCCUGGAAGACAUCCUCCGCCUCGCCGUCUUUGGCACGGCGCCGGCUGUUGACCACGCAAAUGACAGCGGCAGAGCCAGCGAGAGUCUCCUCGGUCAAGAACAGAGCCUCGAGUUUUGGAACCCCUUUAUGAGCAUGCCGCACGUAUGCCCCUCCGCUGCUGACGCCAUUGUGACCGGAAACACCGGUACUGGGAAGAGCACGUUCCUCCUUUACGUUCUCGCGCUCCGCCUCCUUGCGGGGCUGACGACCCUCUACCAGAUGACGAGCGAGGAGGUGUUUGUCCUCGGGAAGGAGGGGGUCUUCCGGAUCCCCUUCCCUUUUCAGCCAGAACAGCUGCAAGAGCACAUCCCCCCGGCGACGUGGUGCCUGGUCGACUCAGGUCCGGAGGUGACAACGGUGCCCGACGCGUAUCGCGCCCUGCGCAACCUCUGUUCUGCGUUUGUCCUGCAGGCAGCGCCCCUGUCGCCCGAGAGCAGGGCCUGGCAGGACACGUUUGGAGACCCAGUACCCACGCUGUGGAUGCGCCCGUGGAUGCUUGGAUAG